AUGUUGCUAAUGGACUUGGACGGCUGCAGUGGUUCAGUGGAAUUGGCUGGUAAUGGAAUAAGAAAUGUUGCUAAUGGACUUGGACGGGCUGCAGGUGGUUCAGUGGAAUUGGCUGGUAAUGGAAUAAGAAAUGUUGCUAAUGGACUUGGACGGGCUGCAGGUGGUUCAGUGGAAUUGGCUGGUAAUGGAGUAAGAAAUGUUGCUAAUGGACUUGGAUGGGCGGCAGGUGGUUCAGUGGAAUUGGCUAGUAAUGGAGUAAGAAAUGUUGCUAAUGGACUUGGACGGGCUGCAGGUGGUUCAGUGGAAUUGGCUAGUAAUGGAAUAAGAAAUGUUGCUAAUGGACUUGGACGGGCUGCAGGUGGUUCAGUGGAAUUGGCUGGUAAUGGAAUAAGAAAUGUUGCUAAUGGACUUGGACGGGCUGCAGGUGGUUCAGUGGAAUUGGCUGGUAAUGGAAUAAGAAAUGUUGCUAAUGGACUUGGACGGGCUGCAGGUGGUUCAGUGGAAUUGGCUAGUAAUGGAAUAAGAAAUGUUGCUAAUGGACUUGGACGGGCUGCAGGUGGUUCAGUGGAAUUGGCUGGGAAUGGAAUAAGAAAUGUUGCUAAUGGACUUGGACGGGCUGCAGGUGGUUCAGUGGAAUUGGCUGGUAAUGGAAUAAGAAAUGUUGCUAAUGGACUUGGAUGGGCGGCUAGUGGUUCAAUGGAAUUGGCUGGUAAUGGAGUAAGAAAGGUUGCUAAUGGACUUGGAGUGGCGGUUAGUGGCGCAAUGGAAUUGACUGAUGAGGGAUUAAAAUAUGUUGCUAAUGGACUUGGAAUGAUUGGUAGUAGUGCACUGAAAUCACUUGGUAAUGAAAUGAAUAAGUUAGCAAAUAGAGUGAAAACAAUUACUAAUGGUGUCAUGCAAUGUGGUGUUAUUAAAAUAGCAUGGCUUGUUAAUAAACUAGAAUGGAUUAGGUUUGGAAUGGAUCGGUUCAGUAGUAUAUUGAGAGAGAGUCGUAACAGUCUAGGCUUUGUUAGCGAUUUAAAGAAAAGGUUAUUAGUAGAUUAAAAUGGAUUGGUAAUGGAAUGGGAUUGGUUGCCAGUAGUAUAGUUGGAAUUAUUGGUGAUGUAGCGGGUUUGGUUGUUAGUAGUAUAGUUGGAAUUAUUGGUAGUGCAGUGGGGUGGGUUGCUAAUAGUGUAGUGGGAAAG